AUGGAGCGCAAGCUGACUUCGGUAUCGGAUUUCGAAGACCACAAUACAGACCAGUCCGAGGCAAUAACAGGAAACGCUGGCAGCACCAAGCGGAAAAGGCAGCCGCGAAACUCGGCUUGCCAAGCAUGUGCAGUCUUGAAGAUGAAGUGUGCGCCGACCGCGAGCGGAAGAUGUGAGAGGUGUAUCCGUACGGGUCGAGAAUGUCGGCGGGUUGAUUGGAGUCAUUCUCGAAGACGGAGUCAUGGAGGCGUAUCACGAUUCCAGAAACCAAGGCAGUCAAUUCCACUUUCGGACCUACUGCAGCCAGGUCCAGCUCUUACUGAGCCUCGCAUUGCUACGGAAAUUUCCUCAAAGACACAGCGAGAGACCUCCAAACAAGAACAUCGUUCGAAUACACCUCAGAAUGGACCAAGAAGCCGGGUCGGAUCAUUCGCGUCAGAGUUUGCACAGAAUCUAGGCGGGUUUGCGACAUGUGAAGAAUUGCUGGAAGGUAUAGAACAUGCCUUUGUCACUCACUGUUUCAGCAUAUUCCAUAAUCUGAGCCGUCAUUUCCCAUUUAUCGACAUCCCAGUCGCCGUGGAUAUAUCCUCGAUGAUCACCCACAGGCCUUUGUUGACUGUCGCCGUCUGCGUCUCGACCUCCUCAGCACGACCCGAAGCUCAAAGUCGACUGCUACGCGCUUUCCGACAUGCCGUCUCAUCCAAGAUUUUCCUGACAAGCGAGAAAUCCUUAGACAUACUACUCGGACUUCUCGUGCACAUCGCCUGGAGCCACCAUAGCUUGUCGCAUGUACAAUUAUACCAGCACUUACAUCUUAUCGCGGCUAUGGCAGCAGAUCAGGGCCUCUACGUACCAACAUCUUCAGCUGAUGAGACACCGAAUGCAUUAGAGCGAAAUCGUGCUCUUAUUGGAUCAUACUACCUUUGCGCCCACCUGCCAGAAUUUGGACUAGAAAGGCCGAAUCCGAUGCGAUGGAACGACAAUCUCUUCCAGUGUGCAAGGAGCGUCGCACGAAUGGGGCAUUUACCCUCAGAU